GAGGCCGAGAGGUUAUGAUGGCGGCGACCGCGGCGGCUCGGUUGCGGGCGGGGACGCGGCGGGCUCCAGCGCUCUGCCGGAUGCCAUGGCUGCCGCUGAUGCUGGUGAUGGCGGCGGCAGCGGCGACGUCGGAGCAGCAGGUGCCGCUGGUGCUGUGGUCGAGUGACCGAGGCCUGUGGGCUCCUGCGGCCGACACCCACGAGGGCCAUAUCACCAGCGACAUGCAGCUCUCCACCUACUUAGACCCCGCCCUGGAGCUGGGCCCCCGAAAUGUGCUGCUGUUCCUGCAGGACAAGCUGAGCAUUGAGGACUUCACAGCCUAUGGUGGCGUGUUUGGAAACAAGCAAGACAGCGCCUUUUCUAACCUGGAGAAUGCCCUGGACUUGGCCCCCUCCUCUCUGGUGCUUCCUGCCGUUGACUGGUAUGCGAUCAGCACUCUGACCACUUACCUGCAGGAGAAGCUCAGGGCCAGCCCCCUGCAUGUGGACUUGGCCACUCUCCAGGAACUGAAGCUCAACGCCAGCAUCCCAGCCUUGCUGCUCAUCCACCUGCCCUACACAGCCAGCUCGGGUCUGAUGGCACCGAAGGAAGUCCUCAUGGGCAAUGAUGAGGUCAUUGGGCAGGUGCUGAGCACACUCAAGUCAGAAGACAUCCCCUACACAGCGGCCCUCACGGCGGUCCGCCCUUCUAGGGUGGCCCGCGAUGUAGCCAUGGUGACUGGGGGGCUGGGUCGCCAGCUGUUGCAGAGAACGGUGGCGCCACCUGCAAUCAAUGCCCCCGUGAGUUACAAUGACACUGCCCCGCGGAUCCUCUUCUGGGCCCAAAACUUCUCGGUGGCAUACAGGGAGCACUGGGAGGACUUGACCUCCCGCACCUUUGGGGUCCAGGACCUCAACCUGACUGGCUCCUCCUGGAACGACUCCAUUGCCAGGCUGGUGCUGACCUAUGACUCACUCUUUGGGACCAUGGUGACGUUCAAGUUCACUCUGGCUAACCGCUUCUACCGGGUAUCUGCCCGGUACUGGUUUACCUUGGAGAACCUGGAAAUCCAUAGCAACGGUUCCGUCGCCUACUUCAAUGCCUCCCAGGUCACGGGGCCCAGCAUUUAUUCCUUCCACUGCGAGCAUGUCAGCAGUGAAAACGAGGAUGGCAACCUCCUUGUGCCUGACACACAGCCCUCUCUUUGGCAGAUGACUUUUCGGGACUUCCAGAUCCAGGCCUUCAAUGUGACAGGCGAGCAGUUCUCCUAUGCUAGCGACUGUGCAGGCUUCUUCUCCCCUGGUAUCUGGAUGGGGUUGCUCACCUCCUUGUUCAUGCUGUUCAUCUUCACCUACGGCCUGCACAUGAUCCUCAGCCUCAAGACAAUGGACCGCUUCGACGACCACAAGGGCCCCACCAUCACUUUGACCCAGAUUGUGUGAUUCCACACCUGUAGGGGCGGGGGAUGGGGGGAUUGAGGGCGUGCCUGGGGUCCAGGUUGUCACCUUCCCAUCAGAGGCCCACUGGGCAGGAAGGCUUCUCCCUCUUCUGCCAUUGCACGACUCCCUGGCUCCCCCUAGCUUGUCAGGCUACCUGUUCAGCCUGCUGAGGGUCUUCCCUACGCUGCCCACUCCCCACCACAUCUCUCUCCACAAGGUGUAUAUAUUUCUGCAUAGACAGUAGACAGAUCUCCCAGGCUUGAUCAUUAUAAAGGUAGGGGCCAUUAGUUCUACAAAAUCCACCCCCCCUUCUCCUUAUUUAUUCUGAUUUCUCCACCUUCGCUGCUUGCUGUUGAUAGUGCUUUUGUGUAGCCAGUCCUCCCUUUCCCAGGCUCUAUGGGGUUCCUUGUAGCAGCCAGGAGCUGUUCCAUUCCCUGAGUUUGGGGGGCAGUGUGGAAGUACUAUUUGUCUGUCCCGCUUAGCUGGCGUUAUUAUUUUAUUUUUUGGUGAUGUGCUAACAAUAAGACGUACACUGGGGUUUAUUCCUUUGGCCUAAGAAGGAAGGGAUCUACAUGGCAGGUGGGAUGGGUGUGAUCACGGGGUUUGGGAUCUGUUCCUGUCGGGAGUACCUGGCAGGAGCCCCGGGGUGCUCGUGGUUUCCUUCCGAAUAAAAUAAAGACGGGUCGCCAUGCUUGG